AAUACCUUUUGCGGUCUCCUGGCAACAUUCCUGACGCAGAUAUCCCAGCUAUCCCCCCCACCCCCGUGCGACUUGCAUUCUGAUAAAACCACGGUGCUGAGUGCAGGUAGAUGGUAGACAGAGCUCAGUGCAGAAACCUGCAGCAUGGACAACAUGAACAGGACUGAUCGGCAGCGUGUGCUAAUUCAUCGGUCCGUGUCUCUGUAAAUAUAGGAAUUUUACAUUAAAUGAAAAGAAAUUUCAAUACUGGGAGUUUGAAAACUUUCUAACCACAGCUCAUCAGAACAGGAUUUCGGAGAAUCUGUUCUCUCUUACAGAAACAGCUACAGUUUAACAAAGACACAAUGGCUACACAGUCUGUGCCAAAACUUGAAGCAAAGCUUUUCGAAGACGGACAGGACAACCCAGAGAGUCAGAAUGAUGACCAUCUGAGGAGUCUGAAAGCACUCACUCAAAAACUGAGGCUUGAAACCAGAAGACCUUCCUAUUUAGAAUGGAAAGCCAAACUUGAAGGGAAAGACUGGAAAAGCCCAAAGCCAGAGGACCAAGGGCUGGUAAUGACAAAGAAACCCAGUGAGGAGCCCAGUAACUUCAUAAGAACACAAAAGCAGCUCAGUGGGAGUUCUGUCAGUGAUGGCAACUUUACUUCAGGAAAAUUUAGUGGCUUUGAGAAUAUGGAUGAAGCACUAAGCUGGCUCCGGAAGGAAUUGACGGAAAUGCGUCUGCAAGAUCAGCAGCUGGCAAGACAAUUGAUGCGUCUUCGUAGUGACAUCAACAAGUUGAAGAUUGAACAGACCUGCCAUCUUCACCAGCGAAUGCUUAAUGAUGCCACCUAUGAACUGGAGGAGAGAGAUGAACUGUCGGAUUUGUUUUGUGACUUCCCAAUGACGAAUGCCUUCACACUUUCAGCACCCCUCAAACUUAUCGGUGUUACUAAAAUGAACAUUAAUUCCAGAAGGUUUUCUUUGUGUUAGACUUACUGAAAGCACUGUGCAAUUCAGACUGUUAACAGUUUCUCUUUGGAGAUGACUGGAGUAAGCUUCAGCAGUGCAGAGAAAUUAUGCAGAGGAUUGUUCCUUUUUCUAAGUUUUUGUGGCCUGUUUUUUGCAGUCUUGCCUUCAGCCUUUUCUGAAGACAGCAACUUUUGCUGCUGUAUCAGACAGUGUGUAAUGGAAACCCUCCAAAUAGGGUACCUGCAGGCUAUUUGACCACAAAAUCCAAUCUCCUCCAACAUAUAAUAGGAGCCCGCACCAUUGGAGGUGAGAAGCAUUAAACCUGGGAAGAUUUUUACACUUCCCAUCUCUAGGGAUCCUGUGACCAAUUCUGUCACCCAAGCCAGGUUCCAGUGAUGAAAUAUCUUACCUUCUUAGUAAUCAGGAGAGAAGGACUUUGAGGCUGAAUGCAGUAUUACAAUAUUCAUGGAAAAAAUGUAAACAAUUGGUAAUUACAGCUGGUUUUAGUCAGUUUCUUGAAGUGGGUAAUUUACAACCAUAGUGCAGGUAGAAACAGGCAGUUAUGGAUUGGCUGCUCAUUAUACAGCCCACCGAAUUUUCCAAUCUGGAGAAGGUAACAGAAGGGAUAAUCGAGCGCAAGCACCAGUUUCCCUCAUUGGGCCAAUAUCAAGCCAAAAAAUAUAUGGCGGGAGGGCCUGUAAAUAGAACCACUGGGUUAUCAUAGCCCAUCAUUGGUUUAUAAUUUUAAAAAACACUGGGACAGUACUUCUACAAACUGUAGAAAAUGCUUUCUGACACCAUUCUUGCAGUCUGUGCGAAAAUCGCUCUCCUCUUUACCCAGACCAUACCGGAAUUGGGUCAUGAACUCUAUUGGUGUGCAAAUUGGGAUCCAGUAAUGUUCACAUGAUUCAAUUUGCUACUGGAAGUGUACAGUUAGAAAGCUGGAAUUUUCAGAGCACCGUUAAUGUUUAGACCAGGUAAUUUGCUUCCUCCUCAGAUGUCCCUAACUAAAAUCUGAAAACGGCAAACAUACCUUGAAAUGAGACUCGGCCCCAUAAAGAGGUUAAUUAGUCAAAUCUCAGAGACACUGCAGUAAAAAUUCAAGUCAGAUUUUUGUAAUCAAAUACUUACCAAAGCCAAUGCACUAUAGUAAUUUAUAAAAGGGAAGCAGUUAGAUUAAUUAACUUUGUGAGUAUGAUCCUGAUAGUUGUGUAACAUAGCUAGUUAAAACAGCAAUACAUUGUACUGUGCAGUAUAGUGAGAUACUGUUUUAUACUUAGAACUCCCAAAAUGAAGAGUCCUAUAUUCUCGUCAAGAUUUCACUCGGGGCUGCCAAUCACUGCCAAGGAAUCACUGACAGCCUGUUAUCAUCAUUCCUAAGUAACCAGCAACAGAUAAGCGUUGACCAAGAUCCAGAAAUGGUUUGCUUGUCUGUGUUUAUCACCUGCAGAAUGGGAUAUGAGGUGUAAAAAAAACCAACAAAGGGAAGAUAAGAAAGUACAAAACAGUAAACAAGAAAAGUAAAGAAAGCUAAUCAAAUUAAUUUCUGAUUUGAUGCAUAUUUGUCUCCACGUGUUAAUGAAUCUCAAUGCAAAGGAAGUCAAGAUUUCUUACAGACUUCACAACAAUGUUUAAAUUGAUUCAUUAAAGUUAAUUAAAUUAAUGGGGCCAUCGUUCUGCUGGGAAACAACCCCCUGGAACCAUAAAGGCAAAUAAUAAGAUACAAAUUAAGGAAAUACCUGCUCUUAACAUGGUAGAAUGGAAAGCCUGAGCAAUCGUUCACAGAGAGAAUUAUUGCACAGGCCAAAAAGGAGCAGUAAUUUUGUGCAGAAUGUUGGCUGUUUGUAAUACAGAUAAUGCAGAGGGGUGAGUAUUCUGCAACUGCUGGUGGAAGACCUAGGCCAAUAUUUUAAGUUCCCAUGAAACUUCAGUUUCCAUUCUUUUCACAGUUUUUUCUCUCUCUUCUGAUAGCAGCGAUUUGUCUUGGAGAAUGGUUCCAUGGGAUUAGUAACCAUUCAAUUAAUUUUAAUUGGCUACUCUUCAUGAGUCUAAGCAGACUAUUUGUUCAAUCAAGCCUAAUGCCCAUGCAAAACUUCUGGGAGAGUUAAAGUUCACUGGAAACUAACCAAUGAACUGUUAAUGUUCCUAAUCUGUAUGGUUCAAUACCAAACCAUUGAAACUCAGAGGGAAAAUUAACACAACAAGUCAUAUUUUUCUCAUGAUUAGUACUGCAUCUUAUUCAAUUCUUGAUUUUUUUUUGUCAAAGUAUUAUUACACAGAUGAAAAUGGACAUAGACAGCCAUGCAAGAUCUAUUUGUCACUGGCUGACAAAAGAAGCAAGAGAGAGUGAACAAGGCCCAGAUAGAUAUGUCCCUCUCUAUAUGAUAAAAUGCCUUCUGUGUACAAGUAUUUCAAGUAUUUUGUUUUGAUUUACAAAAAAAAAAGUGAAUAUUUGAAAGAAAUGUCCUUGGAAAAUUAGCAUAGGUACUGCUAAAUUAACACAUAGUUAAGAAAUGUUUGAUAGGAAAAAAUCCAUCUGAGUAACAAACAGCAUGUAACCAACCAUACUGUAACAUCCUGAUACAAAUACACUGCUGGCCAUGGACAAAUGCUGAUAUGAUAUGACAUUGAUGUUCAGCAAUGGCAUUUCAUCCAGAAUGUAUUUGUUUCAAGUUCAGAAAGUCAAUAACUAGCCACAAUACCUUGUAUUUUUUUUGGUCCUUUGGUGGCAUUAGUAAUUGUUUGGCUUCACACCAAAAAUAGCAUUAUAUCGUGACGUGAUUCCCAUUGAAGAAUCAAAAGCUCUCUUUUCCAUUUCUCAUUUUAAAUUGAUCAGUUAUUCUUAUUGUCAAUCUCCAUUGAAUAAAAACAAGUUUCUCCUCAUCAGUAGCAAUA